AUGGCGGACGCAAAGCCCCGGCGCAAGAUCACGACCGCGGAGCUGCAAAAGCACAGCAGCGAAAGCAACGCAUGGAUGGCGUGCCAUGGCCUUGUCCUUGACCUCAGCAAGGAGUUUCUUGAGGAACACCCGGGAGGCCCUGAUGUGGUGACGGCACUGGCUGGCAAGGACGGCACCCAGGACUUUGAGGACAUCUCUCACAGCGACAGCGCCCGCGAUUGGGCCAGCAAGCUGAUCAUUGGCUACAUGGAGGGUGCCGGGGAUGAGGAGGAGCUGAAGACCAAGACCGUCCCCAAGCAUGCAGAGGCUAACCGAGGUGGCGGUGGCGGCGGAGGGCUGGGCGCCUUCAUCCCGGCGCUCGCGGCGCUGCUCUUGGCCGGCGCCGUGUACUACUUCCUGAACGCCCCGCGGCCGCAUCGGCCGGGCAACGUCCCAUGGAAAUGCCUGCGUUGGGCUUGCCCCUGA